AUGCCUUAUCCGCGGCCCGUCUCCCCGGUCUCCCUCGAAACAUGCCCACCUCCGCCCUCCGAGAUAUAUUCAGAUGACCUGCUUGCCUCGGAUGACGAGCUAGAUGACGCUGCCCGAGCUGCAAAGCGUCAGCGGGUCGAGAAGUUGGCGCAGUCCUAUCUGGAGGGCAGACCACUAUUGAUUCUAUCUGCGUCGCUCCGAGGCCCUACCGAGAGGGUCUAUCGGUUGGCACUCGUCGCCCGGAGAUUCCUGCGACAUCGUGCAACUCUCCUGAGGACCUCGGUGCAAACUGGAGGCCGUUCUUCGCCCUCUAAGUCGCCGCGGAGACAAUCCAAGGAACCAACCCCGCGACGAUCUCCCACCAAAUCAAAGCAACCGCCGUCGUCGACAGUGGACGAUCAAUCAAUAAUGCUGCCUAGGACAGCGGACUGGCUGAAGAAGGAUCGGAAGCUCAUGAAUUUCACCAAGUUUGAACCGCCGAGUUCGCCAACAAUAUCUGUGGCUUCUCGUCAGUCAGAUAAAGCUCGUCGACCGAUGCCGCGCUCUGUCCAAGUCCAGGUCCCACAGACGCCGGGAUCACCAAUAAAAUUCUCUCCUGUUAAAACUGUCGCAGCGAAGACAGACCAGAGUGCUCGUGCGAACUCGAAGAGGCACCUAUCCCCACGGUCGAAUCCAUUGGGCGCCUCAAAUUCACCUAAGGUUCCAUCCGUUCCCAAACUAUCGCCUUUCGAACAAUAUCAACAAUCCAAUUUGCCACAGGAAGCAUCUCUCCGAAUAGUUAAUUCUUCCUCUCAGCUGCCGAGGUUUGAAUAUCGGAGGUGGCUCCGUCAGCAUUCGAGUCAACAGGAGAAGACAUCUCCUAUGCAAGAUGAAAGUAUCUUGCAAGAAGAGACUUUCUUGCAGGAGGACAGCCCUCUGAAAGAAAAAUCCGCAGUUGAUCCCGCACCCGCCAGUCCUAGUCCAGCUAGGAAUCAAGCAUUGGAUUCUGCUGAACCCGAACCUGAACACUCGACCCCUGAAGAAAUAGCAGUUCACAAUGGGGACCCUGUGAAGAACGAUGCAAGCCACAAAACUCUGUCGAAAGAAACUAGGUUCGCAGAUGAGGAAGACCUCAUAGAAAGCAAUCUUGCGGCGAGUCAGGUCGCGGCGGAACUUGAUGCUGUGAACGAGGAAGAUACAGCGACAUUACAAAACACAGAUAUCACUGAACCAACCGAACACAACACCUACGAUGAUCUCCCUUCUGCCCAGCAAGUGCCACCACCUUUAGGUGUGUCAGAUCGGGUAACAUCAUUGCACUCGACGGCUUUGCCGAGAGAAGAUUCAGGACGAGACUCACCCUCAAGCCAUGAUACCCAACUUUCGACUCAGGCUGCCCUUUUGCAUGCCCAGAAAUCUUUUCAAGAUGACUUGGACAGCCCAGAAUAUUACAACCAACAUACACCGAAUCCGGACCGAGCAGUGCAUUCACCCAAUGCUUCGUUUCACUCAGCAAAUGUCACUCCAUUCUACCGUCUAGAAGAGUCAAUUCGGCGUGAUCUAGAGCGGAGUUCGAAAUCCAUGAACAAGGACGGGAUGCCAGCUAUGAGCACGCAAUUCAUGCUUGAUGCAGCUACGCCUUUCAAUUUCAGCACUGAGCAAGCUGGUCAAGACCGGAGCUUGAAACCUACGAACAGAAACAUGACGCAAAUGAAUACGCAGUUCAUGCUCGAUGCAGCUACACCCUAUGCUUUCAGCACGGAAAAGAGACAGCGUGCAUCCCGGCCAGACUCAGGCUCACCAACAACAAGAAACUCCAAGAGAAAAAAGACGGCCAAUACCGGAAGCCCCUCCCCUUCUACUAGGAGUCGAUCAACAUCUGUCAACAACGAAAAUCACACUGCGGAAUCCCAGUCAGGUGAAGAUGAAGGAAGCCCACAAUCAGCGGCGCAACGAUUGGAUCAGCAACCGACUUAUCAAUCUGCCACAGAGGUCGCGUCUUUGCCCCUCACCCUAAGCGGAUCGGUGCCAACAACAGGCCAGGAUGGGCAAGGUGUUCACCAGGGAAUGGAGAGUUUCAAUCUCAGUCAGGCAAUUGCAGAUGCUGGUAGCUGGCUUCAGCAAAGUUUUGAUUUCAUGAAGGACAGCGCUCGGCCGAGUCAGCAUCGCAAGGCGAUUCCUACCUCUGAUGCACAGCCUUCCCCUAUAAACAUGGAUUUAUCUCAAUAA